AUGUCGCAUAGUGGAUCGGAUUGGGCUAAAGAUAAAAACGAGGAGGAUCGCGUUGAAAAGUUGAUCAAGAAGUCUGGUUGCUGGGACGGCCAUAUUGCCGUUGUUGAUUGUAUGGGAGAUAAGCGUGACUGGAGACAGUGCCAAGAACAGCUUACCAACUUCCGUACCUGCAUGACCAAGAACUACUUGGACAAGAAGCGUGCUGAAGACGAAUUCUUGGCUCAACUUGAAGGAAAGAAGAAA